CAGUCACUGAAUAAUGAUAAUAAUGAUCAAGAUGGCUACUACGGAUGCCUCCUUGCGGUAGCUAACCAACAAUUUCAUGGAAACAUCCAAAACUGCGAUUUCCCACCGUUCAAGUCCCUCGUAGGUGAUCGGGGAGGUGCCAGGAAGACUACUGUAUGGAUUAAUACGGGUCGAGGGGCGAUAAAAGUCAUUGUGUUGCCUGCAGCACUUAUUCCGAGGAAGCUAGCAAGACAAGCAACUAGCUAGCUGUAGUUGUCGACCAUCUCCAAUUUUAGCUCUCCAGCCAGCGGCGGCUCAGUGAAGUCUCGCCCUCCCGUUGUGUGUCCGGACGGAGAGCGUCUGCAUCAAAUGGCAGAGCCGAGGAAAGUACCGUUCGUCACCAUCUCAUCCUUCAACACCUCGCCGACCUCGGAGUCCAAGAAACGCCGUCGCGAAGAUGAGGCCGAUAACGUUAUCACUUUUGGGAAAGAUGGAGGUGGAAGUGCAGCAGCGGUCGGGUCAGGAGGUUGCGGAGGUCUGUUUGGCAACGUGAAAGCCGCUGACGGGCAGGCGGGGGAGACGAAGCCGACGGUGCGCCUAAACCUGUCCCUGACCGAGCCGAAUGAUCGAGGAUCUGCCGAGUUCAACUACAGCGAGCUGGUCCAGGCAACUCUUACUCAGGUAAAGCCUGCAAGUUCAGCUGCCCCUAAAGGGCUGACACCUCCCCUGGACCCCAACGAUCCCUUUGCUGAUGAUGAGAGGGAGAGGCGCGAGGUGGAAGAGCUGGCCAAGAAAUUUGAGAGCAAAUAUGGUGGUGUCUCAAAGAAGAAGAAAAAGGACAGAAUGCAAGAUCUUAUUGACAUCGGCUACGGCUAUGAUGAGACUGACCCCUUCAUAGAUAAUUCAGAGGCAUAUGAUGAACUAGUACCGGCCUCUCUCACCACAAAACACGGCGGCUUCUACAUCAACACAGGCACCCUGCAGUUCAGACCGGCCUCUGACUCAGAGGGAGAGGAGGCUGGCAUCGCGGAUAACCACUUCAAGAAGAUGAAAGACGGUGAAGAACGGGCGAUAAAGAAACGUCGGAAAAAGCAAGAUGGGGGGAUCAUGGAAGACAAGAAACCCAAGAAGAAUAGAGUGCCAAAGCAAGGAGUUUCAGCCCUGAAUGUUCACCGGCCAGAAAAGAAGAAAAGGAAGAAGCUGAUGAAAGACUCCCUCCAUCUGGCCAACAUGCUGCGGCGCUUCACCAGGGAGAAGGAGGAGAUGCGCAAGAAGAACCCUGCCGCCGCCAGUCUGCAACGACCCAAUGCCAAAGUGCCCAACGCCAACAGUGCUCUCCUCAACACUCACUCCAAGGCUGCUGGCAGCAAUGACUUCAGCAUGGCUGACCUGACUGCUGACCCCGCUGUCAUGUCGCUGCUGGGCUCAGCUAAUAACAAUGAGAUGUUGCAGGACAUGAUGGGUGACCUGGACUUUGGGAUGCUGGACUCUCCGCAGCCCUGCAGCCCAACGCAGGCAGAGAAUGGCUCCAUUGGAGGGGGACAAAAACCAGGUGGCAGUAGGGUAUCACAGGGUAGUGUUUUGUCCCCUCCUCCCCUGCCCAGCGGACUUCCUGCCCCACUUAGCAAGCGCAUUGAAGACCUAAGAACGGCAUCCCGUCAAUUUGAUGAAGAGGGCAGGAAAAAGUUCUUCACAUUGGACAUGAACAACAUCCUGCUGGAUAUUGAGUUGCAGGUUCAGGAGCAGCCAGCAGCAGUACGUGCAGCGGUCUAUUCUCACCUGGAGGCCUUUGUGCCCUGCAAUAAGGAGGCGCUGCUCAAACGCCUUAAGAAGCUCAGCCUCAACAUACAGGAUGACCGUCUUCGUACGCCUCUGCUGAAGCUGAAGCUGGCAGUGUGCAGCGUGAUGCCAGAGCAGAUUGCGAGAUACAACAUGGACUGUAUUGCAAAGGUGGCAAAGCAGCAGUCUGAGGAGGGAGACAAGAAUGGGUCAGAAGAUGAAGAUGAGGAAAAACCCGGAAAGAGGGUGAUGGGGCCUCGAAAGAAGUUUGUCUGGGACGACAAACUCAGGUCGUUGCUGUGUAACCUGGUGCGGGUGAAGCUUGGCUGCUAUGAGUUGGAAGGCCAGAACUCUUUGUCUCUGGAGGACUACCUGAAGGCCUUCAUGGAGACUGAAGUCAAGCCACUGUGGCCCAAGGGUUGGAUGCAGGCCAGGAUGCUGUUCAAGGAAAGCAUAAUGGCUCACGGUCACCUCACAGGCAAUGCAGCAAAGAAAAAGAUGAUCCCUACUCCCAAGGCCAAGCCAAAGGAAGUUGGUUGGAUUCAGCGGUCCACGCCCCCAGCAGGUGCCACCCCUUCCCUUUCCGCUACUGCCCAGGUUGCCAAGCGACCACCCCAAUCGCCCUCUGAGCCCAUUUGUCUCGACUCCCUUGACGAGGACUUGACGGCUCCCUCCCUAGACUCCAUCUCCCAGGCCCUGGCCAUCCUUAGCAAUGCAGCCAAGGGCCUAGCCCACGGGGAUAGCCCGCCAUCCCCAGACAGCUCCAAGGCAGCCAACCCCACCUCCCUCCACACCUCGUCACUCCUCCAGCAACACAAAAAAAGCUCUGUCAGCACUCCCAGCUCCAAUGCACCUCACUACGUCUCUACCUCUUCGUCUUCCUCCACCUCUCUCUCUCGGCCUCCCUCCGUCUCCUCCUCCCCUCUGCCCUCAGUGAGGGUGGAUGGGUUGGCGGGCAUCAAGGGCAUGCCGCAAGCGCACAGACACUCGGCAUUGAACACUCAGAGACCUGCCGGGGCGGGCAUGGCUAAAGCUAACACACCUGCCUCACCUGUGCCAUCCAAACCACGUCCACCACCCACUGCCUCUCCCCUCGUGCCCCCAGGAUCAAAGACGGGGGUCACUACUCCACCCUCAGGCCUCCUCAAAGGCAGCAAUAAUAAUAAGGCCAACAGUGGCGAUGCUCUCAUCAUUUCAUCGCCUCAGUCCCGGCCACACACCCUCCCAUCACCCUCUCACAUGACCCCCAAAACCCUGCAGAAUCCCCGCCUGCCCCAGCCCGCCCAGAGCAAAUCCUCCCCCUCUCCUUCACUGUCCCACUCAAUUCCCGGCGUUCAGUCCCACACCCAGCCGCAGUCCAACUUUAUCACCCCUAUGCACGCCACGCUCACCAAGUCCACCCACAGCAGCACCCCGCCCAUCAUCAAGCUCACUCCUCGCACCCCAAACCCCACAGCUCCCACCUCCACAUCGCCCUCCAUUUCCUCACUCCCCAGGUCUCAGGCGACCCCCUCCAUACACCAGUACUCUCCCAAAAGCUCAGCCGGGUUCCGCCCGCCAUUCUCAGGUGCCCAGGGAGGAGCGACGAAGCCAGCUCAAGGCAGCUACACUCCUCCAGGCAGCCAGAAGACCCCGAACAGCAACAGCACCACCACCGCCACCACCAGCCUUAUUAACACCUCAUCCAUUAGCAAGCAUUCAGGAUCCAGUGCCUCCCCCACAGCCGCCUCCACCAACCCAGGCCAGCGACAACGGGCGGGGGGUGGGACACCUCAGGGGGCUAAGCCAGUCGCAUCUGUCUCAUCGCCAUCUGUCUCCUCUCAGUUACCACAGGUCUCCACAACAGGUGGCAGCGGUCUGCUUGGUUCCUCCCCAUCCCUCCCCCUGGGAUUUGGGAUGCUGGGGGGGCUUGUGCCCGUAUCCCUGCCCUUCCAGUUCCCAUCGCUGCUAAACCUGCCCCCGCUGGGCACAGCAGGCUCCACUACAGGCGCCAGUGGCUCUGCUGCCAGUAGCAGUCCAUCAUUCUCCACCCUGACCCAGAAUCUGUAUAAGAGUCUCCAGUCAGGGUCUCAGGUUGCUCUGCCUCCUCACUUGCAGCUCGCUUUCUCAGAUGUCAAUCAAAGCCAGGGAGGAGAUGCUAAGAGGAAGACUCUAUGAUACAGCUUGAUUUGAACACCCAGGGGAAGCUGUCCAAUGAAAUGACAAGAUGUUGGGACAAAUCAGGACGGGACAUGGCUUUGAGUGGCAGAUGGACUGACCACUCUGAAUUUUAAGGACUGGGAUACACUCAAAAAGUUUGGUCUGGAAAGAUCAGCUCAGCUUGUCAUGAUUACCACAGUUAAAUAUAACUUUUUUUAAAAAAAGCAAUUUGAUAACUUUUUAAUACUAUUCUUCAUAGAAUUGUUAAAUGGAAAUGACAAAUGGAUUUUGUCAAUGUUUACAAGAUAGACCUAUAUCACUGUGGACAGGGAGAAGGAAUGAGUGAGAUGAUUGAAUCUGGAAGAGAAUUUUUCAAGUGUGUAGAUUGUGUGUGUGUGAGUGAGUGAGUGAGAGAGAAUGUAUCUGAAUGUAUUUUUCUUCCUUUUGAUUGGAUGAUGUGUGUAUGUAUCCCUCCCUCUCUGAUGCGUGGUCAGUGUGUCUAUUUGGUGCUGUUUUUAUCAUAAUGUAAUUAUCACUGAUACCUGUAAGAAAUGUAAAUUGAACGCAAAUUGUCGAAUCUGAGCUUUUCUUGAAUGGAAGCUGUACACUUUUUCAUUGUACUUGAAUACUCAAGUUCUUUUGUGUAUGGAACUCAAACGUACUUUCAAUUAAACAGAAUGCCUUAAAUUUG